AUGUCCAGAAAGAGAGCUUCGCUUCUGACAAUCAAAUGCAUCACUUCUCUAUCAAAGGUAUGCUGUUCAAGUAACUCCUCUGAGUCUAUCGUUUUUUUGAAGAAUUUUAGCACUGCCACAGAAAGAUUUGAUUUUCAAAACUCUAAUGGGUAUCACGCACGGAACUCUAAUGAGCAUUACCAUGACCCAAAUGGGUCUUAUGGUUAUUACAACCAAAACUCUAGUGGAAACAGCUUAAACCCUAAUGGGGGUUUUAGGGAAAGCCCUAGAAAUGAUGUGUGGAACAACCCAAUUGGAAAAAAUGGGAACUUUAGUGGGUUUCAUGGGAAAAAUCAUGGAGAUUUUCAGCAUAACUUGAGUGGAGCUUCUUGGGAAAGAAGUAGGAGGCAGAAUCAGAGUAACCCAGUUGAGAAAAAUGGAAACUUCAGUGGUUAUUAUGAACGUAAUGAUGGGAAAUUUCAACAGAACUAUGGUGGGGUGGGGGGACAGGAUAGUCAAAAUGGGUUUAAUGUAGGACAUGGAAACUUGCAACUGAAUCAGAACCAGCCUGGGUAUAAUUCACAAUGUUUUUCAGAGUCACAAGGAAACCCGAAUAGAAAUUACACUAAAAAUGUUGAGAAAUUUCACGAUCAUCACAUGGGAAAUGGUGGACAGUACCAGCAGAACCAGUAUUUUGGACAAUACCAGCAGAAUUUGAAUGUUGAACAAUAUCAGCCUAACUGUAAUGCUUUUCAGAGAAGUAUGGAAGCUUCUCAAGCAUCAAACUAUGCUAAACCUGAAGGGGAUUCAGCUGGAUCUUCUGAAAGUAGCUUGACUAGAGGUUCUCUGGAGGAGCUGGAUGAGUUUUGCAAGGAUGGGAAAGUGAAGGAAGCUGUGGAAUUUUUGCAGUUGUUACAGAAGCAGAGUGUUCCUGUGGAUCUAUCACGCUAUUUGCAGUUGAUGCAGGCAUGUGGAGAGGCUGAAGCUCUAGAGGAAGCAAAAGUGAUUUACGACUGCAUUGUAAGAUCACAAUCUCCUCUAGAUGUUGGCACGCUUAAUAAGAUCUUAGAAAUGUACUCAAAAUGUGGUGCCAUGGAUGAAGCGUUUAGUGUAUUUGACAACAUGCAAGAGCGCAAUUUGACUUCAUGGUAUGUUAUGAUAACAUGGCUUGCUAAGAAUGGAUUUGGGGAGGAUGCCAUUGAUCUGUUUAAUCAGUUUAAGCAAGGAGGACUGAAACCUGAAGCAAAAAUUUUUGUUGGGUUGUUCUCUGCUUGUAAUGUCUUGGGUGACAUCAAUGAGGGAAUGCUGCACUUCGAGUCCAUGUGGAAAGAGUUCGGCAUUGUUCCAUCAAUUGAACACUAUGUGGGCAUUGUGGACAUGUUGGGAAGCAAUGGAUAUCUGGAUGAAGCCUUGGAAUUCAUUGAAAAGAUGCCAGUGGAGCCCAGUGUAGAUAUUUGGGAAACCUUAAUGAAUGUCUGCAGAGUUCAUGGGCACUUGGAGCUUGGAGAUCACUGUGCUGAGCUUAUUGAGCAAGUAGACCCCUCCCGCUUGAAUGAGCAAUCUAAGGCAGGGCUUGUACCAGUGAAAGCUUCAGACAUUGCAAAAGAGAAAAAGAAGAAGACAGAAAGUCUAAAUCUUUUAGAUGUUAGGAGCAAGGUUCAUGAAUAUCGAGCAGGGGAUACAUCUUUUCCUGACAGGGAUAGAGUUUAUGCGCUGCUCAGGGGUAUGAAGGCCCAAAUGAAAGAUGCUGGUUAUAUUCCAGCGACAAGAUUUGUGUUGCAUGACAUAGAUGAAGAAAGCAAGGAGGACGCUCUUCUUGCUCAUAGUGAGAGACUUGCUACUGCUCAUGGUCUUCUGACCACUGCUGUUCGCUCUCCUCUUCGAGUUGUCAAGAAUCUUCGUUUUUGUGGUGAUUGCCACAACGCGAUGAAGAUCAUCUCGAAGCUUGUUGGCAGACAACUCAUCAUGCGAGAUGCCAAGAGGUUCCAUCAUUUCAAAGAUGGGUUCUGCUCUUGUGGGGAUUAUUGGUGA